AUGGCCGCCCUGAGAAAGCCUCCAAAGUCUGUGGUGAUCCCAGAGAAAUUAAGAAAAAGGGUGUUGGAUCUCCUGCACGAGGGUCACCCAGGGAUCGUUAGGAUGAAGGGUCUAGCGAGAAGCUAUGUGUGGUGGCCCUUAAUGGACUCAGAAAUUGCUGAAAGGGUAGGGAAAUGCCAGGCCUGCCAAGAGUCCAGACCUCUACCCCCAACGGCCCCGGUUCGGGAAUGGGAAAGACCCCAAGGGCCCUGGUCGAGAAUCCACAUUGACUUUGCCGGCCCCUUCCACGGCCAAACCUUCCUGGUAGUAGUCGAUGCAUACUCCAAAUGGCUGGAAAUCAUUCUUAUGAGAUCCAUGACAGCCGAAGCCGUGAUCUCAGUCCUACGGCACCUAUUUGCAACACAUGGGUUGCCAGACACAUUGGUUUCCGAUAACGGCCCGCAAUUCACGGCAACACAGUUUGAGGAAUACUUGGCAGAGGAGGGCAUCCGGCAUGCCCUCUCAGCGCCUUUCCACCCUGCGACGAAUGGCCUUGCAGAGCGUUUCGUCCGAAGCGCGAAAGAGGCAUUGUCCAGACUCAAGCCAGGCGACUGGCAAUCAAAAAUAGAUAUUUUCCUAGCCGUCCAACACCGAACCCCCUGUGCCACCACCGGCAGAAGCCCUGCCGAAUUACUAAUGGGCCGAAAACUCAGGUGCCCACUAGACCGUUUAAAUCCCAACUAUACACCAGAGGGAUACAAGGGGGAACUCGAAAAGACAAGGGGAAUGGAUAUAGGCGACCGGAAAUUAUCACCAGGGAUAGGCAUAAAGUCUGUUGAGCAAGAUCUGGGAAAAUAG